UCUUCAACGAGGUUUACGAGAGCCGGUCCAUCCAAAAGAAGAGGCUCGCUACAUAGAGGGCGAAAAGACGGCUGUUUGGCUCCUCGCACGCCUCCUCUCGCUCUAUGCCUUCUGCUUCCCGGCCUUACUCGUCCCCCGCCGCUGUCAUCGACUCCGACGCCAUGGAUUCAGCAGCUCCUGCUGUCACCGUUGAAUCUAUUAACCCGAAGGUUUUGGGGUGUGAGUAUGCGGUCCUAGGCGAAAUUGUUAGCCAUUCCCAGCGAUUACAGCAUGAGUUACAAAACAAGCCCGGGUUUCAUCCAUUCAAUGAGAUACUUUACUUUAAUGUUGGGAAUCCCCAGUCUCUUGGUCAAAAGGCUAUCACUUUUUUCCGCGAGGUUCUUGUCCUGUGUGAUCAUCCACCUCUUUUGGACAAAAGUGAAACUCGUGCUUUGUUCAGUGGUGAUGCAAUAGCAAGAGCUCGGCAUAUUCUGGAUGUGAUUCCUGGAAGGACUACUGGAGCUUACAGUGAUAGUUUGGGUGUCAAAGGCUUACGAGAUGCAGUUGCUGCUGGAAUUGCUUCUCGUGAUGGUUUUCCUGCCAAUCCAGAUGAUAUUUUCCUAACAGACGGAGCAACUCCUGCAGUGCACAUUAUUAUGCAGUUGCUAAUAAGAUCUGAGAAAGAUGGCAUACUCUGCCCCAUUCCUCAAUAUCCGUUGUACUCUGCCUCCAUUUUUCUUCAUGGCGGCUCUCUUGUUCCAUAUUACCUGGAUGAAUCAACUGGAUGGGGAUUGGAGAUUGCAGAGCUUAAGAAACAACUAGAUGAAGCUCGAUCGAAGGGCAUCACAGUGAGGGCGUUAGUUGUGAUCAAUCCAGGCAACCCCACUGGGCAGGUUCUUGCAAAAGAAAACCAGAAGCAAAUAGUUGAUUUUUGUAAGAGUGAGGGAUUGGUUCUUCUGGCAGACGAGGUAUACCAGGACAAUGUAUAUGUGGAUGAUAAGAAAUUCAACUCUUUCAAGAAGAUUGCAAGGUCUAUGGGGUACGAAGAUGCAGAUCUUCUUUUAGUAUCGAUUCAGUCGGUUUCUAAAGGUUACUACGGAGAAUGCGGUAAGAGAGGAGGGUACAUGGAAGUAACUGGCUUCAGCGACGAGGUGAAAGAACAAAUCCGCAAGGUGGCAACCGUAAACCUUUGCUUCUCUAACAUCUCUGGCCAAAUUCUCGUGAGUCUCGUCAUGAAUCCACCAAAGAUCGGGGACGAAUCAUAUGAAUCGUUCAAUGCAGAGAAACAAGGGAUUCUUUCAUCUUUAGCAAGACGAGCAAAGGUAUAUCACCAUAGCAUAAUCAUCACGUCUUUGCUUUCGAGAUUUUGUGUCCGUCUUUGUUGGUUUAUAAUACAGGCUCUGGAAGAUGCAUUCAACGGGCUAGAAGGCGUAACAUGCAACAAGGCUGAGGGUGCAAUGUACCUCUUCCCUCGCCUACAUUUACCUCAAAAGGCAAUUGAAGCCGCCAAGGUUAUCAAUUCAGCCCCCGACGUGUUCUAUGCUCGACGCCUUCUCGACGCCACAGGCAUUGUAGUCGUUCCCGGAUCAGGCUUCGGGCAGGUACCUGGAACGUGGCACAUCAGAUGCACCAUCCUGCCCCAAGAGGAGAAGAUCCCAGGCAUCAUCUCCAGGCUCCACGCAUUCCAUGAAGCUUUUAUGCAACAAUUCCGUGACUAGAGAAGAUUAAUCGUUUGUGUUACAGUUUUCAGAUUUUAUCAUCAUUGAAAUAAAGCAGCAGAAGAUGUAGUCCAGUCUAGAUUUCAUUGUUUUGGAUGGAUCGAGUUAAUCCUGUUUACUAGAUUGUGAAAUUUGACAUCCAAUUAUUAAAUUGGUGUUUAUCA